AUGUCGACAGCUAUGCCCCAGAUCCCUCCUCGCCCUACUCGGGCCCAGGAGCAGAAGAAAGCGAGUGGCAGCUCCCUGGGCAGCGAUCUACCCAAGAUUCCCCCACGCCCCGCUAAUCGUCGACUUGAUCGCUCAAUAUCGCCCCAGCGUGAGAGCUUCGCGCAAUCUCCUCUCAACGAGACGCCGUUCACGCGCCAUGGAAACCAGAGCAAAUCUUCUAUAUCCAGUGAAGAUGUCUCUGGCUCGGAUCAGCCCCGCCGCCCCUCGAGCGUUGUCCUACCAUCCCUAGGACAGGAGGGGAGUGAGUACGCCGAAGUGGUGGCAGCCACAGAGGAUCUAAGCUCCUCGCCCACUCAGACCAGGAAUAUCGCCAACGACCUGAAGCUUCAUGCACCAAAGCCCUCUCUGCCAUCCUCUGCCGCUACGCGGAGAGUGUCUACCGUAACUCGUACGGAUUCUGGACAAGCAGCAGCACUUGGGCUCGGCGCGGCUCCCGAUGACAAGGAACUGUCAUCUCGACCAUUAAAGACAAGGGACAGUUUUGCCAGCCAGACGUCGAACAGCGCCGAACGUCCUCCUUCGAGCACUGAAAGCGAGCACGGCAUCCCUGAAAUCGGCCAGCGUGUGCCAAUGUACCCUGAUGCUGGCGACGUGCAGGCCCCUUCGCCUUCUCCAUACACGACCCCUUAUGCGCCUGGUAUCGGGUUUCACAAUGAUGGCUCAAAGCCCAGACACCAUUCGCGUAGAACAAGUGGCCGCAGCAUCGACAUACCCUUUGAUGCGUACGGCAAGCACGGUCACGGCCAGAUUCCCCACGACCGUUUCGAGAAGGCAUACUAUGAAAAACACCCUGAGCUUUUGAAGAAAGAAACAAGCCUAUACCAUGGUCCUUAUGCUGAAGAUCGACCAGAAUGGGCUAUGAGCAGUGAAGAUUUGAACAAGAUUGUCAGGGACACUGCUAGCAGAGGUGCUGGAAUUGGGACAUCACCAGCGAUCGUGGGCACUCCAAGUGAGCAGAUCGGUUUUCAAGCAUCAGAGGAGUAUGCUUCCCGAAUAUCUUCUCCACGUCCACAGUCUUCCGCGUUUCACCUAGCACACUCGAAUGCAUCUCAAACGCACGUGGACUCUCCCUUGAGGAAAGAAAGCACUGCGAGUGAGUUUGAUAAAAAGGCCGACUUUGAGGGUGCUAUAUCUAAGAGACUUGACGGUCACGGUCCAUCUGACACGGGCCUUGAGAGCGAGGUUGAGGAUGAUGACGUUAUCCACGUCGAAGACCCAAAUCAUCGCCACAGUAUCUAUGGAGGUGCUGGCCGUCUCGAGUCAACAGAGGAUCUUGGACACCAUACUGGCGGUGAAGAUGAUGGAUUCCUUGAUGAAAACGGUUAUAGCGCCCCCAUUCUGGCUCCGGAUGAGGUUGCUAAGGAACCUUUUGGCUGGGAGCUUCAACCAGCUGUAUCACCAUUACACGAGCGCAGAGGUAGCGCCUUUGAUGAAUACAGCGCCCACCUGCGAUCCGGCAGCGCAUCAAGUAGUAGGCCUACAAGCCGACCUGCGAGCAUUCAUGGCAAUGUUCCUGGAAUUCGACUUCCUUCAGAUAGGCCUCUGGAAGCUUUGGACGAGUAUGAGCCCUUGUUUUCUGAAGAAGAGGGAAAUGAGGGUGGGAAGGAUUCAGGCAAAGAUACAUUGGCUACCGCCGAUAGAUUGAAGCGCCCUGAAUUGAAGAAUCGCAAAUUCCCAAGUCAAGACAUCUGGGAGGAUACCCCGAACAGCUUACAGUACACCGCCACAGUGUCAACGCCACAGUUACCCGAAGAAAAGGAAGGGGAGACGAAGCUCAAGCGAGAACAGGAGGUGGAGACACCUGAGCAGGCCUUUGCUAGAAGACAGGAGGAACUGGCCGAGCAGGAGUCUGAUAGUUCACAUGGUUUCUUGGACCGUGAGAAACGGCCGUGGUCACACGCGUCGCCAGCUGUGACGGAAUCUAGGCCCUCCUCGGAAUCCUCCCGACUCGGGACGGAGUUCAGACACAGUGGGAAGCAACGAUUUCCAAGUCGAGAUAUCUGGGAAGACACCCCGGACAGCUUACAACUACAGACUACUGUUGGUGGGCCACAAAGCGAUGAUAAGGAUGCCUUGAGCCCUCCAUCCGAGAGACCGACCGCAGGUGCUGUCGCCAAUCACCAAGAGAAGGCUGCGGCUGGAUUGCCUCUUGGCAGUGAAGAAGGUCGUGCUACUACAGGUAUCGCAGCCCCCGUAAAACCACAGAUCCCUGCUCGUCCGACAAGGGCAAAGCCAUCAGAAUCCCCUGAGAGGACGCAGCACCCGCCCCCCUUACCUACCAAAUCCAAACCUCAAGUACCAGCCCGCCCUUCAAAACCAACUACUCGCGACUCCUCAGAAAAUGUCCCGUUAACAACGGUCCCGUCAAAUUCGUCGGCCAAGUCUACUGGGUCGGAUCAAGGUGUGGCCGCUAAGCCUAAGCCACCGGUCCCGUCACGACCGGUUGGUAGCAAGAUUGCAGCGUUGCAAAGUGGCUUCAUGCUGGAUCUGAACAAGCGCCUACAACUAGGUCCUCAAGCUCCUAAGAAAGAGGAGCCAGCUGCAGAGGAAGUUGUGGAAGAGAAAGAAAAGGCGCCAUUAGUCGAUGCUAGAAAGGGCAGGGCCAGAGGACCAGCACGACGAGCGCCUGCCAAGAGUCCCGCUCCCGCUAGUGCCCCAGCUGUGGAGAAGCCCCAAUUAGCUUGCGCCGUUUCUGUGCCCUCGACAUUAUGGCAGAUUGACCCAGAUGAAGAUCUGCUACUUGUUCCGUCUCACCCAGAAGAAGUGGCGCCGAAGACAGAAGCGGACGUAUCGGCCCCAAAGCCAGAAACGAAAGCAGCCCAGUCGGAAACUCCAACGCUCGCGACAAAUAUGGCAGGAGAGCCUGUUCACGAAGCAUCAGAGAUUGCCCCGGGCUCUGAAAAUGCUGCAUCCCAGCCUUCACCGACAGAAGAUGCUCACGCAGAACACUUGGAAGAUGCCCAGGCAGAGGCGUUGUCAAACAGUGCUUACGACAAUGAGCUUGAGCCGAUAAAAUCCAGCGACAAGCCUCCUGUUGUUUCUCAGAGUACCGACGCAUCAGAAAAUAUCGACGAUGAAGCCUUAGCCGCGUCGACAGACACGUUAAAGCCCCGUACGGAAGAUAAUGUAGAGUAG